CUGGGGGAUGCGGGGCACAGCCCUCCUGCUCCUGCUCGCGGUGGCCGCGGCCCCGAGGGAGACCCGGGCGGGCCCCCACUCCAUGAGGUUUUUCCACACUGCGAUGUCCCGGUCCGGCCUCGGGGAGCCCCGCUUCAUUAUCGUGGGCUACAUGGACGGACGACACGCAGUUCGCGCGGUUCGACAGCGACUCCCCAGGUCAGAGCGCAGAGCCCCGGGCGCCCUGGGCGGAGCAGGCGGAGCAGGUGGAGCAGGAGGACUGGGACGAGGAGACGCGGAUCCUAAGGGACAGCACACUGUGGUACCGCGCGCAGCUGGACUCCCUGCGCGGCCUCUACAACCAGAGCGAGAGCGGCUCUCACACCCUCCAGAGGAUGUGUGGCAGCGACAUGGGGCCCGACGGGUUCCUCCUCCGCGCGUACAGUCAGUUCGCCUACCACGGCGCCGAUUACCUGGCCCUGAACGGGGACCUGCGCUCCUGGACCGCGGCGGACACGGCCGCUCAGAUCACCCGGCGCCAGUGGGAGACCCAGGGUGAGGCAGAGAAAUUCAGGAACUAUGAGAAGGGCAAGUGCUUGAGGUGGCUGUGCACAUUCCUGGAGUACGGGAAGGAGACUCCGCAGCGCACGGAUCCCCCAAAGACACGCAUGACCCACCACCCCACCUCUGAGCAUGAGGUCACCCUGAGGUGCUGGGCUCUGGACUUCUACCCAGCGGACAUCACCCUGACCUGGCAGCGAGAUGGGGAGGACCUGACCCAGGAGAUGGAGCUGGUGGACACCAGGCCUGGGGGAGACGGAACCUUCCAGAAGUGGGCGGCUCUGGUGGUGCCUUUUGGAGAGGAGCAGAGAUACACGUGCCAUUUGCAGCAUGAGGGGCUGCUGGAGCCCCAAGUCCUGAGAUGGGUGCCCCCUCCUCAGUCCUUCAUCCCUACUUCGGGCAUCAUUGCUGGCCUGGUUCUCCUUGGAGCUGUGCUCACUGGAGCUGCAGUGGCUGCAGCUGUGAUGUGGAGGAAGAAGAACUCAGGUAGGGAAGGUAGUGGGGUGAUCUUGUCCACGGAGGGCUUUCACAUCCCAGGGAGAACUUGUCCUGCCUGGUUAAUGGGAAGUACCAUCCACACACACGGGUGUUGCCCAGAGGGCAUUUGGUCCAGUCCCCCCUCAUUUCCUUUCCUCAUUUUCCCCAGUCCUGACCUGGGUCUUUACUCACAGUUCUGGAAAUUUCCCUGUUCUGCAGGAUUAGAAGAUUCCUUUAGGUCUUCUGACCUGACUGCUCCCUGGUCUCACAUGAUGUUUCUUCCCACAGGAGGACAAGGAGGAAGCUACACUCAGGUUGCAGGCAGCGACAAUGCCUAGGGCUCUGAUAUGUCUCUCAGCCCCUAAGGAUCUUUUACAAUGAACCUGAUGAGGCUCCUGUUGUGCACACCUUGGACAGCAGGGUGAUGGUGUCACUGUUGUUCUUAACUGUGAUAUUGAGCAUUUGUUCAUGUUUUUACUUUUCUAUGACUACAGUUGCUGUUUGUAUGGAAGUUUUGUACAUUUUUAUAGAGGAAGUGCUAUUUAUUUAUUACACUAUUUUGUCCUUUUUAAAAUUGGGUUAUUUCUUUCUGAUCAUUGAGUUUUAGGCAUUAUUUGUAGAUACAGUCCUUUAUCAGAUUUGUGAUUUGCAAAUGUUUCCUCCCACACUGUGACCUGAACUCCUUUACUGAUGGGAAAGCAAACACUAUUGCCCAGACAGGAGCAUGGAUAUAUAUAUAUAUAU